GAUCCCCUUGUGUACUAGGCUACCAUUUUUAUCUCAGAGAUUUUGUGUGUUUUCGUUAAUUAGAAAUAGUUUGCCUAAGUUACUAAUUUAUUCAUUGCCUUAUUUUUAUUUAGCUUAAAAAAGUUUUUUGUUGUUUUGAACGUAUUAGAAACUCUUCCAGUCUAAUAUCCUACAUUCAUAAGUCAUUCCACCUUUUAAUUGGUUCAUAACAUUCAAGUUUUCAAGUACCUAACCUUUCCCUUUGUGCUUUGUUCUCUUGAUUAUGACUUCGGAAAACGACAUAGUUUGAACAAUGGUUGCCAGUCUUCAGUCCAGAAAAGAGGCAUUGGAAUCUCUGCUCCGUGAAAAAAAUGAGGAGUUGAAGACUUUGUGCAUACAGGAAGCUGAGCUUACUGGUGUUUUACCACCAGAGACUCCAAUCGAACCUGGCGAGAGUCCACCAGCAUUCAGGAGGAGAGUCGGCACUGCUUUUACUCUUCCUGAAAAUCUCAUCAACAAGCUAAAAUCAAAAGAGGAGGAAUCACUUGCUGCUUUAGAACUUGAAAUAAAAAUUCAGAAUGGCAUUGCCGAAGCCGCUUUGGGUUUGGCGAGUGACUCUGCGGCGUCGAAAUCUGUGCGUCGCAAGCACCGGCUCAUGUAUCAGCAGAGCCAGCGACGACUCACUGAACUGGACGCCCGUCUCACUCUCUUGCGACAGGCCAAUCACACAAAAGGACAGCUAAAGCAGAGGAAAAAACCAAGGCCUCCACUUGAUUCUGAUGGGGAUUGCUGCGAUGGUCCAGAAAGUGGAAGUGGCAGUCAGAAUCAGUUGUCCACGAUCUCCAAUCCGGAUCGAAGGAUUUUAAGGCAGAACUCCAACACUUACAACAACUCUCGAUACUAUGAGGGCCAUCAACAAAAUACGCACAACAUUCAAACUAGGAUGCCGGGACGGCCACAUACAACUAGCAUAUGUUCAUGGCAGCCAUCUCCCGAUAUGCGAGCUCCAACUGCAGAACAUGGUUACCUGCCAACCAAUGAUGGAAUGUGGUACAAUACAGCUCCAAAUCCUUCCAAAAGUCAUCACUCCAACUCAGGACAUGGGUACAGCUCAACUGAAGAUGACAGAUCUGUGUGCAAUCUCAGAUAUCGCAGCCAGCAUAGAUUUGGAAGCUUGGAUCGGAGGCGGGCGAAUACUAGCAGCGCAAGCUCUUGGCACGUUGAAGGCGAGGGAAGCGAGUCUCAACAAAAGAUGUAUUCUCCUCAACCGAAUCCAAUCAUACCAGCGAUUCUGCUGCCGAAUCAAACCUACCCGGAGAACAGUCUCAUGAGAACCCAAUCACUGGCCAUGGUGGACAAUUCUCUGGGCCGCAAGACUCGUGAAAAAGAGUGGUAUGAAACAGCCUUGGAUAACAAUGGCGGAUUCGGAGCUGCUCCUGUGCCAGUCAUGGCUCCAACCCCUUCCCCUCCUCCCCCACCCCUCCCACCCUCCUCCUCCUCAUCAACAACCUUCGCUCACAACAACCCAGUGCAAUCCGAUCAUCAUCAGCAACAUUUCCAUCAAGUUCCACCACCUGCAGUUAAUGUGUCGCCAUCCCACAACCUUCUCAAGAAAGAGUUGUCGGUCAGUAGCCUGGAGCAGACCGAUGUGACAUUCCACACAGUUGUGCCCUAUGAGUCUCCCAAGAAUCAUAUGGUUGUUGAGGCAGGCAAAUGGCAGCCGUACCGCGAGGUCACCAAACCCUUUGAAAUGGCUGAUUUCUACAAAUACAGCACCAAGUUCCGCAAGAACGCUGCUAACAAUAACAAUAACUCGAACGUUGUCAUCAAUAUCACGUCUAGCCGAGCUCCUAAUCCUAAACCCAACAAUAUCAAUGAAAACAACACCGAUAAUAGCUCUCAACAGAAAUGUAUUUAUCAGCCGCUCCAACCGAUGACUUGCCAACCUCUGGCUCAGAAUCCAUCCCAAAGCUACACUCCUCCUCCUACUGUGCACAGAGAUCAGCCCACUCCAAGUGAAGUUUUGUCUUGGUAUCAAGAUCAAAACACCCCUCAACAAUCACGCUCAGCUACCCUUGUCUAAUCCAAUGUUUCACUGAUUCACUGUUAUACUCUGAAUGGAACAAGUUGAGACUUGGGCUUCCAGGUGGCCAAUAUCUGUGUUUAUAUUUUUAUAUCCAUUAUUCACCAAAAAUAUUCACAAUAAUUCUAUUUAUUCACCAAAAAUAUUCACAAUAAUUCUAUUAUUCACCAAAAAUAUUCACAAUAUAUUUUAUACAGAUUGGCGCAAAAAUCACUUAACAGUAGUUGGUGCAAGACUAGAUCUCAAAUAGAAUAGAUUUGAAAUUCUCAUCACAAAAAAUAUUUACAACUAUUUCUAUAUUGAAAUUGUUCUUUAUGUCUUCCAUUAAUACAUUUUCAAGGUCUUACUGAUACAAUGUUCCAUGAAAUAUUUAUUUACCAACAUCACAGGUUAAAACUAUUUUACUAGGUCUGGUUUCAACCAACUCCAACCGUCCAGUGACUUUUGCGCGUCUCUUUGUAUAUAAUAUUAAGCCAUGAAAAUAUAUACAUCCAAUACAUCCAAAACGGCUUAUAUGAGAAAUACAUAGAGAAAAAGGCAACAGUUCAAGUUUUUAACGAAAAGUGUUGCCAGAUAGUGCGAAAUUAUGACCAUCAUGUAAGCCCAUAUGGUUAGAAUAUGCUUAGUUAUGGGCUUCUUAUACCUAUUUCACUUAUAUGGGCUUAUGUUUCCAAUUCAAUUCAAAUCUCUUUAUUCAUAUAAUAUAAUAUUGAAUAGUGUCAAUAGAGAUAAUAGUGAACAAUCACUGUAGAUAAUGAGUACACAAAUAAUUCAACUUCAAUUGAAAUUAAAUUAAAUUAUCACUUGAAAUAAAAUAAACCAAUAACAUAACCUAAAACUUAUUCAAUAUAAAAUUGUCAGAUGGGUAAAUAAUAUUAAAAUAUUCAUACACUUGAAAACUCAAGCAUAUAUCAUAUUUAUGCUAAUACUCAGAAUUUGAUAGCGCUUUGCAUUUAAAUAAGCUACCGGUGAAUUUAUACAAGUUAUUCAUUGUAAUGAAAUCCAUUUGCACUAAUUAACUGGUAUUUGUUGAUAAUUUAUUCCAUUGUAUACUAUUUAAGCCAAAGAACUGAUGAAACUACAAAUUUCAAUGUAAGACCCUUGUUAAUGUGGUGAGUUAUUUUGAGUAUCAAGAUUAUUACACAUGGAAUCAAUAGAACUAAUUUAUGAAUGCGAUACUCUUCAACUAGUAUAGUAGUUUUGGUAGCAAGUAAACUGCUUGAGUUGGUAUUUAUUUCCCAAACAUCCAACUGAUAACUUACAUUCAUUGCAUAAAAAUAUAUUUUAUUCUUGCAUUCCAACAGAAUGGAAUCCGUUUAAAGUUAUCUCGAAGGUUUGGUUUCACGUUCAAGUCUUCCCUCAUAUUAGACCUUAGUAUUAACUAUUAUUUUGGAGCAUCACUCCUUGGUUAUGAAGUAAAUCUUUUUAUGAAGGUUUGAAACAGUAGUUGGUAUCAUCACUAUUUUCAUGACUCAAGUCUUACAAUUAUAAUGUAUGUUAGUAUUGAAGUUACAUCACGAUUUGUAGUGAAUUCAACUCUGGAUCGGGUGUUUGAGUGGUGGAAAAUUACGAUCGUAUAGUGUACAGAUUAUUUUUUCAAGCAGAAAAGACUCCAUUGAAUGGAUAUUAUAAUAUUAAGUUAUGAUUACAAACUAUUUUCAUUAUAAUACUUUUGAUAUUAGUAGUACUGAUGUUGAUAUUAAACAUAUUCUUCAAUGACGGUAAACUGUAUUGUGAAAUUCUUUGAAAAUUUAAAAAUUUGAGUGUUGAAAGCAUAGGCAAAGAUUGAAUUUGAACUCAGCUCAGCUAAUAAAAGCAAAAUAUAUAUAUAUAUCAAUUAUUAUAUAUCAUAUGUCAAUUUCAACUACAUAUUUUACGUUGUUUAAGUAAGUAGUUAGUGCCUCGUUUCUUGUAAACUGUAGAUUAUGUUAUUUUCAUGUCUGAUGGGUAAUAGAUGUUUGAUUUUCUAAGACUAGAUACUCUAAUGAAACAAAGUAUAGCAUUGACGAUAUUAUAAUAAAUUAUAUAUUGUGUUCACACACGUAAUCAGCAACAUGACUAGGAACUUGAAUAUUGCAACAGAAAUUGAUUAUUUUUGUAAUAAAAUGCAAUGAAAACUAACAGUUGGAGUAUUAUACUAUUUUCUUAAAUAGAGAGCAAUUAUUAUUUGUAGAAUGCAGAUUGCUUACUGUUAUGUUUUGCACAAAACUCAUUUUGCUGUCCUUAGUGAUAUUCAUGUGCCUUGAUAAUAAUUAUUCAUUACUUAUAUACACUUAUAAUCUAUACGGGCUAGCUAUUAAAAAUGGAGAUUGGAAGAUUGAAAUCAAGAAACUCGAAGUUAUGCGAUCUUGAUUAACGUGUGAUAUUUUCAAUUAACUUUCCAAAUCAGCUUAUUUUUAUAUGCAUUUAAAAGUUAUAGCAAUAUUUUAUACCAUGGUGUUUUGAAUAUUUCUUAUUUUAUGAUUUAAUGGAAUUAUUCUCAUUGACUGAAACCGGAAAGUAAAUAUGCAAACAUUUAUUUGGUUGCACCAAUUUUGUUCUGGGGGCAGGAUCAAAAAAUCUAAUUGAUUUAGAAUCAUCUAUGAGUUGAUGUACUGAUGAAGACUUCUUAUUUAAAUCUGCUCAACUUAGAUCUAUUCUUAUCUGAGAAAAAUAUGCUAUAGCUUUUUAAGAAAAAAAUUAUUAUUAUAGUGUUUCUAUGUUUAACGUGUUUCAACUUUAUUUCAUGAAUAGUCUAUUGUAGUUGAACAGUUUUUUUUCUUAUCAGAUAGAAACAUGGAGUAAUUAAUUGCAGGAUAUUUUUUAUAAACUGAAAAUAAUAUCUAUUUUACUUUGAAAAAUGUUAAAACCUAUUUUCUUUGAAAAAUUGUCUAUUUUUAUUGAAAAAUACAAUAAGGUACAACGUUACAAAGGUCAACGUAUGUGGUAAGGUCUGUUACAACGAAUUCCAAUGAAAAUAAAAAUAAAUCAAGUGUAACUUAAAUGAGUAGAAAGGGUAAUUUAUUAUAAUAAAACUAGAAAUCGUUUCAACCCUGUUACACACGGCUGUCUCUGUUAAUGAACAAUAUAGGUAUUAAAAUUUGUUUCUGGUAAAUUCAUUUAUAAAAUUAUGUUCAGGGAUCUGAAAAUUUUUGCAGUUGAUCAUAAGCAAUGUAUUCAAGCAUACUAUCCUAGCAUUUGCAUUUUCAAAACAAGAAUGUUUUCAAAAAGAAAACCCUAAUGUCACUCAAAUAGAAUUAUUUAAUUCAUUCAUUAUGUAAACUGAAGCAUACCAGUACUUGAAUUUGUGAUUUGAGAAUUUUGGUCUUAUGUAUUUUCUGAAAAUAAACCUCUUUUUUGAAA